UUUGACAUUUGAACCAUCAACUUUUCACCACAAGGUCAGGGGGAAUUAAAACACGAGACAUGCAGCAGGUUUCAGAGAAAACUAACGUUAAUUUCCUUGAAACGGUUAUCUCAAACAUCAGACCUCACAUUCUGUCAUGCGAAUGAGCCACGACUUCCUGUCAUGUUUGAGGAAAUGAAAUGUAUUUCUUCAUUAAAGGGAGCAAAGUCACCGUGGCACAUUCUCGUAAGAAGCGGACAUGACGUCUCAGCAGGUUUGGUGUUUCCUGCCAACUACAGCUCUUCUCUUCCUCCUGUCCGUACAAACGUUUGCAGAAGUGAUGAAGUCAGUGUCGGACUGCGACCGCUUCCUUCUUGACCAAACACCACCGCACGUUCCAGGCAUCCUGGAGGCCGGUAGGAUCCUCGAUCAGGACCGGUACAAGUUCAUUUGCCAGACCUACGGGAACCAAAGGAGAUUUGUGACACUUUACGAUGUUCGCAACCGGAUUCCGGUGUUUUCUGCUUUCAAGUUCACUGGAGAAGUUUACGGAAGGAGACCUAAAAGUGUUUGGAAGAUAGAACCUCAGCUGGAGGAUCCAAAUGGAGACAAGAAGAUGAUCCCCGGAAAUGGGAACAGAACCUACAACCACCAGGCCGGCACUGUGGAUUACAGAUCCAACAGAACAUUUGACCGGGGUCACAUAUUUCCUAGUUCCUACGCCUCAACCAAAGCGGACAAAAUGUCGACUUUCACCCUGACGAACGUCGUUCCCCAAGCGGAGUCCUUCAACAAGGGCAGCUGGAACAAAAUGGAGAGGUGCACCAAAUGCGUGAUGGAGAAGUACUGCGUCAACAGCAGCGGCGGUACCGGGGGCUUUGUGGUGACCGGGGCCCUGCCCAGCUCCAGCAGCACCCUCAACAACAGGGUCAACGUCCCCACCGCGCUCUGGUCGGCGUUCUGCUGCUACAGCGCCGUGGCCGAGGCGUGGAUAGCGAGCGGGCACUGGGGCCACAACGUCCAGGACGAGUCCAAACACAAAUAUCUGAAGACGGAGACUCUGGAGGACCUCCAACACCGGCUGCGCAGGUCCAACUCUGAGUUUGUAAUAUUCCCUGGAUCAAAAUGUCCUCUGACAACAACUGUAACAGAGUUUUACGCAGAAAUGAAAAAAAAAAGCUGCCUCUGCCCACCGACCAUCCUGGACCCUUCACCUUCUGUGUCUGGUCCGUCACAUUCCCACCGUCUCAUGCUCUUGUUCCCUUUCUUUUUAUUCUCAUAUCAUCACUGCGUAUUCUGAUAAUCAAGACAAACAGACUGAACUGGGACAGUGAAAACCAGUAAAUAAUCACUGGGAACCUUUCUCUAAUCUUUCUACAUUUUCCAGUCUGAACUACAAUCGCUUUCCUUUUUCAGUAGAUGGCGCUACCUUGAGAUAAAAUUGGUUUCAAUCCCCUUAGAAAUGUGUACAUGUAUCCUUAUUUAUGUGAAACUGUUCAACAACAUCAUAUGGAAUGUGAUUUGUAAAGUUACACAAUUAAAAAUUAGCAUUGAUAAUCUGGAUUAUUUAGUCCAGCAUUAAAAAAAAUGGGGUUCAUACAACUUUAAAAUACGUUUGUGCAAAAGAGGUGAUAGUAACAGAUUCAAUGUAUUUGUUGUUUGAUAUUAACGAAACCUGGAGAAAUUAUGUGUUUGGAGAUGAAGGAGAAACAUGUUGAAGCUGUUUUAGCUCCAGGACUUUAAUAUCAUUUAAAAGAAAAUUAUACAAUGAAAAUGGCAGCAGAACAUUUUUUUACUUCGCUACAAGCAGAAAAAUAAAAUGUUGACAUACAGAGGUAGUGAUGCCAUAAUUAGAUUCUCUAUAAAACAAAAAUGUUUUAUUACUAAUGCAACAUGAUAAAAACUGCUGGAAGAUUCAAGUAAGGAACUGAGGUAGUGAAAUCUGGGUUUAUAAGAGAAUAAAGACUUUUCUCGAUCAUUUUAGCUUCCAUGUGGUGUAAACUAAGCUUACAGCAUUUAUAUGCAAAUAAUCACAUUUUACACAAAUUAGUCAUCAAGCAAUACAAAAUAAGUGUAUAUGUGAUUAAAGUAAUGCCAAGACUGAAAAUAAAAACAAAU